AGUCUGCAGACUUUAGACAGUGUCACACAGAGUUAUGCUUCAACAGACCGAACAACUUCCACUUAAUGUUAUUCGUUCAAAUCCUGCAUCAUGGGAAGCUUUUUCAGCAAAUGGCAAGACGGAAGCAACGAGACUAAAGACAGACAACCGGCGGCAGACAAUACCAGCUUCCUGAUGAAGUGCGUGGGAUUACAAUGUUUAACAGGACCACACACUGAUGAGGCAAAGACAGGACGACACACUGGCACCACAGUGAACCUUGUUCUUUUGGGAAUGGCUGGGACUGGAAAGAGUGCCAGUGGGAACACCAUCCUUGGACAGAAACUCUUUGUUUCUAGACCCAGUUCAACGCCGGUCACCACAAAGUGCCAGGCUAAACAAACAGAGAUAAAUGGUGUAGACGUAAAUGUGAUUGAUACCCCAGAUAUGUUUGAUGAUGACAUUGCACCAUCAGUUAGAGGCAAACAUGUGCAAAGGUGCAAACAACUCUGUGAAUCAGGACCAUGUGUGUUUGUACUUGUGAUGCAUGUGAGCAGAUUUACAGAUGGUGAGAGAGACAUAAUGGAAAAGUUAGAAAAAGCUUUUGGGAGGGAAGUUAGAGGACGAACAAUCAUCCUGUUCACCCGAGGAAACGACUUGCAGCAGGCAGGAAUGGGCUUGGAGGAUUUUCUUCAUUCUUGCCAACCUGAUCUGAAGAAAAUGGUUGAAAAGUGUGGAAACAGGUGUGUUCUCUUUGAGAAUAACAAAUCAGGUUCUGAUCAGGUUGAAAAACUAAUGACGGUGGUGAACACAAUACUCAAAGACCAGAAUAAUUUUUAACUUAAAGUGUUUGGAAAUGAUUUUUUUUACAUAUAUGUAAAAAUUGAGCAUUGAGCGAAUCAGUAUCUUGAAGAGGUAGAUGAUCUAUUACAGCUACAAAUGUGAAUCUUUGGUGUUUUCUUUAAUAAAUUUCAUUUGAAUUAACAUAGAGAUGAGAGGAAUGAUCUGAUGUUUUUUCUUGGACUUCUGUCAAAUGAGGCAAUGAAAGCUUGUUAAUCUUUGUAAAC